AUGAACACCGAAACAAACGCUGUAAACGAGCAAAGAGCGGAGCCGGAGAACGCAGAAGGCCGAUCUGACAAGGCUGCGGAAACGAUAGUACUAAAAGAUACGAGAAAUGUUCUGGAAUAUGUCAGCGAUUUUGGAAGCACUGAAAAAACAGAUGAGCAGCAAUCCAAUACCGCUUCUUCUGACCGGCGUAGACGUGUAACAACGCGUGGGCAGGGAGUAUGCUCGAUAGGCCCAGAUCGCACUGUGGCAGUGAAGAAGCGUUGUUCUCAGCAUUCUCCGAGCCAAGUUGUUGGCCGAAAAUUUGUUCACAAAUAUAAAACUGUUAGUUAUUUGUAUAAAUUAAAAAUCAACAGUUCGCUGCCUUUUUUUGGAUCACUAGAAAUGAAAGAAAUUGUAUGA